UAGUUUGAGAUCUGAACCGUUGGUUUGGUACCAAUUAAUAUUGACCGUCCGAUACUUUCUCCCUCUUUGUGUGUGUGUUUAUAAAUCUGAGGUAAGAGAGAAGUGAGAAAGUUUAGGUUAAAGCUUCCGCGGAGCGCGGCGAACUAUCUGAUCACGAGACUUUAAGAUGCCUCGCUACGAUGAUCGUUACAGCAGCAAUGACCGAUACGGCGGCGCACGUCUCUAUGUGGGACACCUCUCCUCUCGAACAAGGGAACGAGAUCUUGAACACCUCUUCAGCAAAUACGGAAGAAUUCGAGAUUUGGACAUGAAGCGAGACUAUGCCUUCAUUGAAUUCAGUGAUCCUAGAGAUGCUGAUGAUGCGAGGUACAGACUGGACGGAAGAGACUUUGAUGGAAGCCGUAUCACUGUCGAGUUUGCCAGAGGGACACCUCGUGGUUCCCGGGAGUUUUCCUCGAGCAGAGGCCCUCCUCCAGGGAGUGGUCGUUGCUUCAACUGUGGUCUUGAAGGUCACUGGGCUCGAGAUUGCUCUGCUGGUGACUGGAAGAACAAAUGUUAUCGUUGUGGAGAUAGGGGUCACAUCGAGAGGAACUGCAAGAACAGUCCUAAGAAGCUCAGGCGGGACGCAAGUUACUCAAGAUCGCCGGUUAGGUCUCGGUCUAGGUCUCCUCGUCGCAGAAGAAGAAGCCCCAGCAGAAGCUAUAGCCGCGACCGUAGCUACAGCCGCUCCAGGUCACCGGUUAGGAAGGAAAAGGAUCAUAGUCCUGAAGCUGCAAGAAGCAGAAGCCCUGAAACUGCAAGGAGCAGAAGCCCCGAAGCUGCAAGGAGCAGAAGCCCUGAACCAAUGGCGGACAACUCUCCUCCAUCCAAAGAUAGGAAGCGAAGUCUGACUCCUGAAGAAGGCAGCCCAAUGCGUGAGAAGAACAGCCCCAAGGAGAAUGAAUUGAGCCCGAGAGGAAACGAUGAUGGCGGUAUUGGAACCAAUGAGCAAGACCGAAGUCCUAGUCCUAGAGAAGACCGUAGCCCUGUGGAGGAUGUUGAUGAGCAGUGAAGAUUGGGGAAACAACUGUUGGUGAUUGCUUAAGAGUGUCCUCAUAAAAGACUGAAAUGGAUUCUGUUAUUUUUAGACAACUGCAAUGGAUUCUGUUAUUUUUCUUUAGUGUUUGGAGUCUUUGGUUUCUACUUCGACUGUUUCAUUUUCCUGUAGAAGAAAGCUUAAGAAAAGUAUAAUAAAACGACUUUCUGA